AUGGAAAUACUUGAGAUUAUAAACAGUCAAGCAUCCACCAUUGGAAAAAAGGCACAUUCGUGUACAAUGCCUGGCUGCACUAAAUCAUUUGGUCGUCGCUCUGACUUGGCAAGACACGUCAGGAUACACACCAAUGAAAGACCAUAUGUGUGUCACGAGCCAGGCUGUGGAAAAAGCUUCACUCAGAUAUCAGCCCUCAAGGUGCAUUCUCGUACUCAUACAGGAGAAAGACCUCAUCAAUGUGAAUAUGAAGACUGUGGAAAAACGUUUGGUGAUAGCAGUUCAUUAGCUAGACACAGG